AUGACCAGACUGGCCAGUCCACGCAAUGUGGAAACCACCAUCAAUUACUAUCGAGAUCCCGGCGAUGGAAGUGAGCAUGCACCAAGCAUUGCGGGAAAACGAAGCACAUUCACGCAGCCAUCAGUCGACUUUGCCACUGUUAUUCACGAUAUCACUGGGAACGAAAGCAGCUUCACUCUCGACAGCCAUGGCUUUCAGUUCUGUCGCCACGCUAGUCAGUUAGUGGAUUUUGCGAGUGAUCAAGAAAUAAAAGACGUUUAUUACCCCGAGAUCGAAAAGCUUCUAUCGCAAAUCACUGGCGCCUCACGGUUGCACAUUUUCGACCACACCAUUCGGAGACCGAAUCCCUCAACCGUGCACUCUGAUGAUGAACGCCGACCAGUGAAAAGAGCUCACAUCGACCAGUCAGAGUGGGGGGCUAUGAACCAAGUUAAACGUCACUUGGGCGAAGAAGCGCCUCGACUAUUGCAAUCAAGAUUCCAGGUUAUCAAUGUCUGGCGACCAAUCAAGACAAUCUACAAAGAUCCUCUCGCGGUUUGUGACUCUCAUUCCGUGUUGGACACAGACAUCUUGCCGGUCAAGCUCAUUUACCCGGACUGGGUAGGCGAACCAUGUACAAUUCUUCCCAACAGCAGGCAUCGCUGGUACUAUAAAAGCUUUCAAACACCAGAAGAGGUGAUGCUUAUCAAGUGUUAUGACUGGAAGGCGGAUGGGCGCGCUCGCAGGGUCCCGCAUGCCGCAUUUACGGAUGCGGAAAUGGUUGACAAAGACCCAAGACAGAGUAUCGAGGUUAGGGUGCUUAUUUUCCAUGAGGAAGACAUGAGUAAAGUCUAA